AUGCCGCGGCCGCGGGGGCGCCGCGCGGGGCGGCGCCGGCCGGCGCUCUGCGCCCUGGUGGCGCUGGCCGGCGGCGCGGCGUGCCUCGGCGCGGGCGGGGGCGAGCGGCGGGCGCGCGCGUUCUUCUCGGCGCUGUUCAGCGACAUCUCGGCCCCGGCGCCGACGAGGGAGGGGCUGCAGAGGGAGAUCUCAGAGCUAGAAGGGGCCCUGCGCUCCGCGGGGCUGCAGGGCGAGGAGAGGGAGGUGCUGACCAACACCAUCAGGGAGAACAACUUGCUGCGCCCCGUGAUGCUGCAGCUGGUCGCCCAGGCUGACGCGGUCCCUGCCGACGAGGACAUGGUGGCCUCGGCGGUCGACCUCGUCGCGGCCAUGAACGUCCAGAGGCGCGCCACGCUCCGCAGCACGCCGGAAGCCCUGCAGCCCGCGCUCGAGGCCUGCGCGGACGCCAGGCAGGAAGGGACCGAGUGCGAGGAGCACUCGAAGCGCUUGGUGGCGGAAGGCGUGCCAGCGGACGAGGUCGACUUCCACGUGUCGCAGCUGCUCUUGAUGAGGCGCCUGCGGGAGCUGUCUGUUUGGGACCUCGGCAUCACGAAGGGCUGCAUGGAGGCCAAAAGGGCCAUGCUGGAAGGCGGCCUGGGCGAGCCCCUCGGCGCGCUCGACGCGCGGGGGCUGUCCAUCGCGCAGGUGUCCCGAAUUUUGAAGCUGAUUGUCAUGCAGGAGCGGAAGAAGCAGGAGAGCUCGCCCAGCUGUGAGAGACGCGCCGGGGCCCCCCCCCCCGGGCGCCCUCCUCCCGCGACGCGUGGGGCCCCCGCCGGGAGCACCGCUGCGGCCCGCCCAACCCACACGACGAGAGCCGCCUCGUUGACCUUCCUGCGCGCGGAGCGCACAAGCGAGUGGCCAGCACAAGAGCCCAUGCUCUUCGUGGACUGCCGUAGGCAUGUGGUCACGAGGUGGUACCGCGCCCCCGAGCUCAUCCUCUUGCAGAAGGAUUAUACGGAGGCGAUCGACGUCUGGUCCGUGGGCUGCAUCUACGCGGAGCUGCUCGGCACGCUGGAGGGCUCCCACUACAUGGACCGCGGGCCCCUCUUCCCAGGCUCCUCCUGCUUCCCGCUCUCGCCCGACAACAAGCACAAGCAGGACUACAAGUUCUACACGCACGGAAAGCACGACAUGCUUACCAAGAUCUUCAGCAUCAUCGGCUCUCCGACCGAUGCGGAGGUUGAGGCACUCGACCGGGAGGAUGCCAAGGUGUACAUCAAGUGCUUCCCGAAAAAGACAGGCUCUGGCCUCAGGGCCGUCUACCCGGACGUGGAUGAGAAGUCCACCGAUAUUCUCGACAAGAUGCUCAAGUUCUCCGCCAAGAACCGCAUGAACGUGAAGGAGGCGCUGGAACACCCGCUGUUCAAGGACGAUAUUAGGAACCCCGCCACGGAGACAACCGCUAGCAAGAUGGUGGUCCUCGAAUUCGAUGCGGAGGAGAGGGCGUCAAGCUCGACGAGCCCAUGCUGCGCAAGUACUUUGCGCUGCAAGUCAGGAAGUUCCAUCCCGAGGCCCCCGAGUACGACUUCGCUCCAAAGACCAGGUGAGAGCGGCGCAGGACCGAGGGUGCGGAUAGUCUAUCGGGUAGGCGGCGAUCGGAGCAUAGGUGUCUCGCGCGUGCCCGGUGCUACCACUCGACGAGGGAUGACCCUCUGA